CGAUAGCAUCUCGAGCUCCUCCUUUCCCUCGAAGAAAAAAUACCCUUCCUCGGCGCUUCUCUUGCCACGCAGCAGAACCGACGACUUGGCGGAGAAUUCCGACGUCGCGCCCUCGAAAUCACACCACCGAAGCUCUAGCUGGUUUUCGAACAUGACGACCUACACGGACAAGGGACCCAAGCCCGAGGGAGGCCGUUUUUUGGCCUUCGACCACAUCACCUUCUGGGUUGGCAACGCCAAGCAGGCCGCUGCCCACUACUGCACCAAGAUGGGUUUCGAGUACAUGUGCUACAAGGGUCUGGAGACAGGUUCCCGUAACAUGGCCGCCCACGUGGUGCAACAGAACAAGAUCAUCUUCGUGUUCGCUUCGGCCCUGCUUCCCGGAGACACGGAGAUGGGUCCUCACCUGGUGAAGCACGGUGACGGAGUGAAGGACAUCGCGUUCAGCGUCGAAGAUUUGGACACCAUUGUCAAGAGGGCAAAGGAGCGUGGUGCUGCUAUCGUUCGUGACAUAUGGGAGGAGUCUGACGACUGCGGAAAAGUCCGGUUCGCGACGGUCCAAACUUGCGGAGACACGACCCACACUUUCGUGGAGCGAGGCAACUACAACGGCCUGUUCCUGCCCGGCUACAAGAAGCAUCCGUCCAAGGACAGGAGCUACGAAAAACUUUCUCACGUAGGCCUCAACUUCAUCGAUCACUGCGUCCUUAAUCAGCCUGACUUAGAGAUGGUCCCGGCAGCUCAAUGGUACGAGAAAAACCUGAUGUUCCAUCGCUUCUGGUCUGUGGACGACAAACAAAUUCACACCAACUACUCUUCGCUGAGGUCCAUCGUGGUCAGCAACUAUGAGGAGACCAUCAAGAUACCCAUCAACGAGCCAGCCAACGGGAUGCGCAAGUCCCAGAUACAGGAGUAUGUGGACUACUACGGCGGACCCGGUGUUCAGCACAUUGCUCUCAACACCAGCGACAUCAUAGCUGCGAUCACUGCGCUCCGGGAACGUGGCAUGGAGUUCCUGGACACUCCGGACGAGUACUACGUGCAACUCAGGGAGAAGCUCAAGACCGCCAAGAUCACAGUCUCCGAGGACCUGAAUGCGCUGCAAAAGUUGAAGAUCCUGAUCGACUACGACGACAAUGGCUACCUGCUGCAGAUCUUCACCAAGAACAUGCAGGACAGGCCCACCGUCUUCCUGGAGGUCAUCCAAAGGCACAACCACUCGGGCUUCGGUGCUGGAAACUUCAAGGCCCUCUUCGAAGCCAUCGAGAUGGACCAACAGAUGAGAGGAAACCUCUAGUAAGCAAAAAGACGCACAGAAAGAUGGCGUCUGGGAAGCUACGAUGUCGGAAUGCGCAGACCCGAUCUACUCAUCAUUGACUGCUCCAAGAAUCUCCGGAUCUUUUUGUUGGCAUCUAGCGAACUUUUACCUUUUUUCUGAAAUAAAUAUUUGAUUAAACCUCGA